UCCGUUCGCCACGUCCUCCGCCGAGUGAUCGUACCGUGUCUCUUCCCCGAGCUUUCGACCGAUCGAACGAACGGUGACCGUGAAACGAGACUCUUUCCUCCCUUCUCUUCUCUUCGUUACGCCUCGCCUCGCCUUGCCUCUCUCUUUCCGAGGCUGUUGUUGUUGCGGUUGUUCGACGAGUCGACCGUACCGAUCGGGAUAUCGCACCCCCAGUCGACAACGAUGACCGUGGUUAUGGAGGAAACAAACACCUUCGUUACGUGGCCGUCCCGGCUCAAGAUCGGAGCAAAGUCGAAGAAAGAUCCGCAUAUAAAGGUCGCAGGUCGACCCGAUGACGUGCGAGCUGCGAAGGAGAAGAUAAUGGAAAUUUUGGACACGAGGCAAAGCAACCGUGUCACCAUGAAGCUGGACGUUAGUUACACCGAUCAUUCGCAUAUCAUCGGAAAGGGCGGACUAACGAUUAAACGGGUGAUGGAGGAAACUGGAUGUCACAUCCACUUCCCGGACAGCAAUCGGAGCAACCAUCAAGAAAAGAGCAAUCAAGUGUCCAUCGCGGGCGAGAUGGAGGGCGUCGAACGAGCCCGUGCUCGCGUCAGGAAUCUUACGCCUCUCAUAUUUUCGUUCGAGUUACCGAUAAUGGGCUCGUCGCAGACCGUGCCGGAUUCCACGUCGCCGUACGUGAUCAAAAUCCAGGAGAAGUACAACGUUCAAGUGAUGUUUCGCACCAGGCCGAAAUUACACGCCACCUUGGUCGUGGUGAAGGGUUGCGAAUGGGAGGUGUCUCAGGUGAAGGAGGCGACCGUGCUUCUCAUUCAUUACAUGUGCCAAAACUUAGCUAGUCAGAUACAAGUACAAAUGUCGAUGGAGAUCUCGCCGCAGCAUCACAGCAUCGUGCUAGGGAAGCAGAGCGGUAACUUGAAGAUGAUCAUGCAACGCACAGGCACGCAGAUAAUGUUUCCAGACGCCGGGGACCCGAACAUUCCCAGUUUGAAAAGGAGCAACGUUACCAUCACAGGUGGCAUCCACAACGUUUACUUGGCCCGGCAACAGUUAGUGGGCUCUCUACCUUUGGUCUUGAUGUUCGACCUUCCGGAGGAGGCGAUGUCCUCCGUCGACACGGAGAACAUUUCCCAGUUGAUGCAAUCGUUGGACGUGUUCAUAAACGUGAGGCACAAACCGAAACAGAGCACGCUUUCCGUCAUCAUCAAGGGAAUCGAACGGAACGCCAGCAACAUUUACGAAGCGAGGAAACAGCUUCUGGGCCUGGACGAACCUAGAGUGCACGCCGAGAUACCGGCCACUUAUCAUAUUCCGAACAUCGGGAAUAUCUUUCAAGGAGGCAACUCGGGCAACUGUUUGAGUCCGAACAGUCUGGUCAGCAAUCUGUCGGAGAACUUGUCGAAUAUGCUGGCGGUGAAUACGCAGAAUCCUCCGUACUGCGUGUCGCCCAUGGCUCACUCGCCAAAUCCGAUGGGCUUGUCACCUCAUUGGGGAUUACCACCACCGAUACCGUCCAUGUUUUCGCCGCUACCACCGCUUCAUCACCCCUACCCCUAUCCCCACCUUAAUCAUCUGCUCACGACUCAGCACGUAAUGCACAACAACAACGGGAUGCCUCAUCAUUCUCACGGAUUGCACAACCAUGCUUUUACCGGACAACUUCAUUCGGACGUACAUGCUGCCGGGUUUCACAGUAUUCACGGGCUGAACGGCAGUUCGUUGGCGGACAGCAAAGAAGGCAGCGCCUACUCGUCGUUGAGCAGCGUUUCCAGUUCUCUAUCUAGUCCGGCUAUCAGUCCACGUAACAUAUCUCCGGUCAAUCCUACCGAGGCCAGCCCUAACUUAGAUCUAUCCAGCAUGCUGUCCGAUCUUUCGGUGUCGGAUCGUCGAGCACCUGGUUGCGAAAAGAAGUCCCUCGAGAUGGCUGUGCAACAGAAUUUCGCGCCCUUCGAUUACGAGCAGAAGAAAAUAUUGGCGGCGAAGGCGAUUCAAACGAAACCGAAUUCCAGCGAUUACCGCGUGCCAACUUCCGCAUGGUCUGGCUACGGACUCAGUCAAUCCAUUCCUCCGAUAACUACUUCCGAUUUGACCAAGGAGUUGACCACCUCGCAUCCGUCUGAUUUGUGGAAGGAACCAACGACGCCUGUGUUCAACAGAGAAAUAGACUUUGGAAUCGGGUCCGGGAAAGAUCGCGUCGGACAGAUCGGCAUAAGUUCCAAUUACAUGGAACACACGCCUACCUCGCACUUGAAAAAAAUCACGUCUCAUCGGUACGACGACUUGACCAGCAUGUUGACCAGCGUUGGACUGGAAAAAUAUAUUCGCCUGUUCACGUCUCACGAGGUGGACAUGGCUACGUUUCCCUCCUUGACGGAGAAAGAUCUCUGCGAAAUUGGGAUAAACGCUUGGGGUGCGAGACGCAAAAUAAUGCUGUUAAUCGCUGAAAUGAACAAACGAACGAGUCCGUUCAGCGGUAGCGCGGCUCCCGGAGCGGAACGCAAGACGACCACGUCAACGACCUCGUCGUCGAUGGAGAAGUGUAAUUUGGACACGAAAUGGUAAAAAAGACGAAAUAACGUUACGAGUAUCGGAGAAUUCGGAUAGGAAAGUACGUGGUACUUAAUAAAACUCGCCUCGGUUUCCGAAAUCGAAUUUACGCGUGGGCCCUCUCGCCGACUCGACGGUAGGAUCAAGGUAUAAUUAGUAUGUUAAUUUCCGAUUCUAGGCACCGAAAGAAUAGCCGGUUGAUUCUUUUUGUGGUCGAGGACCGUUUGCAUUUUUUUUUCCUAUUUUUUUCCCCACAGCCCUCGAUU